AUGUCUUCAAUAGAAUCUGACCUUAAUAAUAGAAGAGACUCUUCAACAUCUAUACCAAAGUACUAUCCAACUACAAAUAGAUCCCAAUCUGAUCAUCAAAAUGGAAUGACCCCAUCUUCUUCACCCACCGACUCCCAUUGUGCCCAUCCCCAUCCCACCGAACAUACUCCGCUUCUUGACCCAGAUGACCCUGCAGUUUCACCUCUUAAUUUACAAUCUGUACGAAUUCUUCAUGCUAUUCUUUGGCUUCUUCUUGCUGCUUCAAUUCUUUGGUUCUUAACACUUCUUAUUUCCUUUUUCUUGGCCUUGGUACCUACCCGUGAUUCAGGGUUUGUGGAAUUCGGAUUAGCAGGUAUCACUUGUUUACAAUUAACUUUGGCUUUGCUCUUUUUUAAAACUCCAGCACCUGCAGAUAGAACAGCAAAUUCAAUAGCUGCCGUCGCAAUUGCAAUUGCCUUAAUCUUGGCUUUAGCAGUCCCUGGACUUCGUAGAAAUACUCAUUAUACAGGAACUCUUGCCCUUACUUGGUCUCUUGUCUGUGCCCUUGUUGCUGGUGUUCUUACCCCCUACAUGGUUCAAUGGGGCAAAACUCAUGAAGAAAUCCGGCUCACGGGUCGCCGUGAAACUCGCCGCACAGUUUCGGAAUGGUUCCGUGUUUGGUUCAGUGUUCUUCUUACUUCCCUUCUCAUCGUUAUACCUUUAAUUCUUUAUACUGCUACUCAAUUACUCGAUGCCCAUGAUGCACUUGUUUUGGCAAGAGACAAAUCCCUCGGCCAUUAUGUCUCCAUCUACCCUAAAACUACUUCCUCUUCCGCCCUCGGCUCAGGGUACCUUCACCCAGUUACUAAAGGUUCCGGGUUUCAUUAUCGAGUCUUUGUAUACUGUACUCCUCGCCAAACUGCUUCAGACCCAUCUACUGCUCCUCCCUCUGUUCGCCCAGGCCCUGAUGGCCGCCCAGCCCCUAUUGUUCUUGUUGAAGCCGCAUCUUCUGUAAGUGCACAGACCCAAGUCCAAGGCUGGCUAGAUGAACUUUAUACCCAAACUAAAAUUAGCCAAGUUUGUUAUUGGAACCGUCCAGGAAGAGGUUAUUCUGAUAACGCUCCAUCUCCUUUUGCUCCAGGUAUGGCUGCAGAUGCUCUUACUGCAGCUCUCGCCCAUGUUUUACGUCCUACUGAUGUUCAUAGCCCUGAUGUCCCACUUGGUAAAAACUUGACUUUUGCUGUCGUUGGUCAUGGUCUAGGUGGCUUAUAUGCACGUGCAUUUGCCGCUCGUAAUUUACAAAAUAUCCAUUCACUUACCCUUCUUGAUGCAUAUCCAGACACUUUACUCGCUCACCGGUUAGCUCUUCCUGGUGCAGGCCUACGCGCUUGGUUACAAGGAUUAUGGUCUACUCUUGGUUUACGCAAACAAGCAUCAUGGCUACUCCACGCUCGAGGUGCACGUGAUCGUGUCUUGGGUCGCGCAGCUCAUUUCACUCAACCUUCAGAGCUUAAAGCUUCAUUACAGGAACAACUGGCAGCAGUCGGACUGUCCCGUAGUGACUUGGAUGCCGCUUCACGCAUUCUUUCUGGUUCAAAUGUCCCGUUGGCUGUAUUGUCAUCUGCUCAGCACAUUCGUGAAGAUGACGAGUGGUCAAACUACCAGCGCAGCUUGACUAAAGUCACUGCAAACAAUGUUGCUUGGGAUAUUCUCGAGGCCCCCCAUGAGUUAUGGCUUACACCUGGAGCCAAGUCCAAAAUGCAGCGAGUUCUCAUUAAUCUUUUAGAAGACCGAUCUCAAACCCCUUAA